UGCUACAGUAUGUGUUUGCCCUUGCAGCCAUGCCAGUCCCACCACUAAACGGUCAUUGGUUCCUUCUUUCGUGGGUUAGUCGCUCUCUCUCUCUUUUUCUUUUCUUAUUGUCUCAGAAGCACUGUUCUUCCAGUAACUGAUUGAACUAACAUGUGAGAGACAGUAUGCAGAUUUUAUUGUGUUAUCAUUGUGAUUUUAUGCUGUAUUUUGCUUAAAGAGGAUGUCAUAAAUUAGGGAGAAUGAAAGUCCAUCUAAAGAUUCUCUCUGUUUUUGUAGUUUUGACCGGUGUGUUGAUGAAGUCUGGAAAUGUUUAUGAGGGAACAGUGGGUGAAUCGGUGGAGAUCAUAUGUUCAUAUCAAGAUGACUAUAAAUAUACACCCAAAUACUUUUGUCGUCAUCCCUGUUACUCUAAUCAUGUUUUGAUUAAAAGUGAAAAGACUGAUCAGGUCGUCUCAGAUGGAAGAUACUCUUUGAUUAAUAUUGUGAGUGGACGGUUCUUUUCUGUUACCAUCAGAAAUCUCAGACUCACAGACUCUGGUGAUUAUUACUGUGGAAUUGAAAAAUGGUUCAGUGAUACAAAGAAUAUAGUUCGUCUGUCUGUCCGUCCAGCAGCUCCUGUGAACAGAUCUACACACACCCCUGAAAACACAGAAACAACACAUAUAUGGACAACAGCACUCACCUCUACAGAUACAUCCAUCUCUCUUUCAGAUAAAUCUGAUUCAUAUGAGCAGCUCUCAACAACAUCAUCAACAGUCCAGUCAAAAGAAUCUACAUCACUGGAUAUAGACUCUGUCAGCAUACCUGUGGUGUGUGCAGGUGUUCUGGUGCUGCUGGUGUUCGGGGUUCUUGUGGCGUUAGUGUCUUUCUGCAGGAAAAGAUCAGAAUUAAAGUCCAGAUUUCAGGAUUCACCAGCUCUCAACCAGGUCUCUCAGACUGUAUAUGAUGUUCAUCACCUUUAUGAUGAAAUUGUUGCGGAGAACAGUCCGGUUGGUCCAGCUAGAGAUGGCGAUUCUUCUAUUAUAUAUUCCACCGUGCAGCAUUGUGAUCCUGCUCCUCAGAAUGAUGUGAAAGAUUUGUAUUCAGUUAUCACACACCACUGAGGAUAAAUGACUGUCAGUGUCAUUCUCUCAUCAAAGAUGGCACUCGACAAACCCUAUUGACAUAAGAUGGUGUAUGUGAUCAGCAUGCUAAAACCCUCCUGCAAACAUCCUGUUGUUAACACAUUGGCCAUGCUGUGAAAUUAAACUGCAAAGCUGGCAAAAAAAGGGCUAUAUACUGUUUGGGUAUUUAUUUAACAGUUUUUUGUCUGUCUGACUUAAUUGAAGAUGGAAAUAAAGUAGUAAAUCUUUUUUCUUAUAACCUUUUCUCAUUUUAGCCAGAUGGUUUGUAUUAAUAUUAUAAGACUUCCUUUUGCCCAAGCAUCUCUAUAUUAGAAUGUAAAA